AUUUUACGCUCACUGGUUUCAAUAAUUUGAGGACGACAUUUAUUUGAACUGAUGCAUUUUCAGUUUGACGAUUAAUACGGGCGUCAAUGUCGAUCAGGGCUCAAAAAUAUUGAAUAUGGGAAAAAAAAAGGUGAAAGCGCGGGCCUAUUCGUACAUUUGACGUCCCCGAGAAAUGAAAGAGGCUUUUGACGGUGAAAUUUUGACCGUCGUAUUCCCGAAAAGCAGCAGACAGGCCUAGAAAGCAGCAAAUAUGGAAGACGGCCUGCAGAGAAGCAGCUGAAAAGGGCGAUUCACUGACGGAAUUUGAAAACUGAGAGUCAGAUGAAAGUGGGUCUUUCGAAGGCGCGCCCUUUUUCCGUCACAUAACGGACAAAAGAAAAACAAAUUUUUUUGAUAAUCGUUUUGGUUUUAGUUUAGGAGAUUAUAUUUUGUCUCGAGGAGAGGGAGGUAGUCCAGAUCAGCGGUCAGAGAGUUGGCAGCUAUGCUAUCUGUACUGAGAUUCCCCCUAGUAAUAUUAUUGCACUCAAUCAUGUUGUAUAUUCAACAUAGGGCAGCCAUAUAUUUAUUCAAUUCUGAUGGGUUAACCGUAUGUCUGUUUGUUAACAACUGCAGUCAGUCUCACUCAUUUCGUUGACUACAGUUAACAAGAAGAAACAUUCUUCCGUCUCUUAAGCCAUGGCCCAUUUCUUGUAGCAUUUAUUUCCAGGGAGAAGGGAGCCAAAGCAGCCAUUCAUGCGUUCUUAUUGUAGGUAGUCAUAAUACUCUCUGACGAGUGAUAGAGAAAUCAGGUGCGUUUAUAGAGUAUGUGGAAUGUGUCACUCUCAAUGCCCAUCAAUAUCAGGGACACUGCAAUCAGUCCCUGCUUGCAUGAACACCAACAUCAUUAUCUGUAAGUUCAAGUAGCUUACCGAGUGCACACAGUGGCAUUUGGGUGUUACAGCGAUGAACAUCAUAGUGGCUAUGACUACCCUUCUUGUUAUAGUGAAACUGCUGCCAACCAGAUGAUGAAAAGUAUGAUUUUUGUCAGCAUUCUCUGAGGUGUUGGGUUGGUCUUUGAUAUUUCUCUUUCUGAUGCUGUCAAGGCUUUGAAUGAUAUUAGUUAGUAUAUAGAGAUGGGUUGCUCUACUUCAAGGCUAGAGAAUGAGGAGGUAGUGAUAUUAUGCAAGGAGAGGAAGAAGCUUAUGAAGCAGGCAGUGGACCAAAGGUAUGCUCUCGCAACAGCUCAUGUUACUUACAUUCAUUGUCUUAGAAACAUUGGCAUUACCCUUAGGAAAUUUGCGGAAGAACAGAACAUAGAACCAGUAGAAGAACAGGACUACGGUAGUACUAGUCCUAUAUUGACACUGCGCAUACCGGCAACGGCUGAAACAAUUGCUCUACCAGAUAAGGGCGCAGCAGCUCCUCUGCCGCUCCGUUCCCCGUCCCAAACUCCACCCCAAUCACCACCCGAAUCCCCGCGACAACAAAAGGAGAGCCCUUCCGGUUCUUCUCCAUCACCUGAUAAUAGGCCUUCUUCUCCUUCCUUUUAUGAAAGUCCCCAUUAUCUGAGAUCAGUGGGAAACCGAUCCAUGACAUACGAGGAGAGACCUUUCUCUCCAGACAGAAUUAGAAUGGAUUCUUAUGUUCUUCCACAGUAUGGGAUGACUGAUUUUUUCAGUAGCAACAUGCCUCCUCACGCCCCCAUUGGGCCUUCUGUCAAUGGCAGUGAGAGUAGGUAUCCGUAUUACCCUCCUCCACCACCACCUCCACCUAGUAACUUUAGUUGGGAUUUCUUCAAUCCAUUUACUUCCCUAGAGGACUCGUUUGGUUUCCAAGAGCAGAAGAGAAUCAGUCGUACUUCUGAUGAUGAUUUGAAACAAGUAAGGGAAGAAGAGGGAAUUCCUGAUCUUGAAGAGGAUGAUCACAUAGAGGAUGACAGUGAUGAGGGGGAGAAAGGCAAAAUGCGAGUUGAGGAGCGGACUUUAGAGGCUAAUGCAUCCUCACAGAAUUCAUCUUGCAGUGAAGAACUUGAAACAAUCCAUACUUGUUCGGGGGAUAAGGGUGGAGAUGAGGACAAAGAAGAAGAGAAAUUGCAUGUUGUAGAGACAAAGCAGUCGGAUGAAGUAAUAAAUGAACUGAAAGUUGAGGUGAUCAAUGCUGUUACUAAUGAAGUUAUUUCAGAGAAGAAAGAUCUUGCCAUUCUAGACUCAAGCAGGGUAAGAAAUUUGCUUGAAGUUAUGAGGGACAUUGAAGACCAGUUUAUAAGAGCUUACGAUUCAGGGAAGGAAGUUGCAAGGAUGCUCGAGGCAAACAAAGUGCAUUAUCAGUCAAGCUUGACUGAAAUUAAAGAACAUUCUGCAAAGGUUUUAAAUGCUAUAACUUGGCAUCGAUCAUCAUCUUCGUCAUCUCCAUUAUCUAAGUCUCAUUUUACAUCCAGUCCAAAGGACCCAGUGAAUGAUAAUAAUGGUGAUCUUUUCGAGGAUGGUGGCAUGAUAUCUGGAAGUCAUGCAUCAACAUUGGAAAGGCUAUACGCAUGGGAGAAAAAGCUUUAUGAUGAAGUGAAGGCUGGGGAGCGCACAAGAAUAACUUAUGAAAGGAAGUGCAUCCAACUGAGGAAUCAAGAUGCUAAGGGAGAUGAUCCUCAGUCAGUUGAUAAGACAAGGGCUGCAAUAAAGGAUCUACACACAAGAAUCAGAGUUGCAAUCCAAGCAAUUGAUUUAGUAUCAAAGAGAAUCCAGAAACUGAGGGACGAGGAGUUGCAACCACAACUUGCAGAGUUACUGCAAGGGCUGAUGAGAAUGUGGAAAGUUAUGCUGGAAUCUCAUCAAACGCAGAACCAGAUAAUAGCUGAGGCUAAAUCUCUUGGUAGCUCCGUCGGUGGUAGAAUGUCUAAUGAAUUGCAUCGACAUACAACACUUCAGCUAGAAAGUGAGCUUCAGAGAUGGCAUACAAGCUUUAGCAAUUGGAUCAGUGCCCAAAAGGCAUAUGUAGAAGCCCUAAAUGGUUGGCUCAUGAAAUGCAUUAUUCAAGAGCCUGAAGGCUCUUUGAAAGGAAGGGUAUUAUUCUCCCCCCGAAGAAUUGGUGCUCCUCCUUUGUUCAGUAUAUGCAAGGAUUGGAUUCCUGCAUUUGAGAAAUUGCCAGAGAAGGCCGUUGUUCAAUCCAUCCGAAGCUUUGCAGCAGACAUCCGAACCUUACAUACACAGCAAGAUGAGGAGCAACGCCAGAAACGGAAGGCUGAAAACGCUGCAAAAGCUCUUGAUAAAAGAAUUGCCUCCUUACAAAGGAUAGAAGGUAGACAGAUUGACCCUCACUUGUCCUCAAAUGAAAAAUAUGAAUUGGAACAAGGCCAGGUUAUAAGUGCUGAUAGGAGAAUGUCCAUUGAUUCAUUUAGAAAAAAAGUGGAAGAAGAGAAAGUGAAACAUCAUAAGGCUAUGGAGCAUACUCAUCACCAAACCUUGAACACUCUGCAGACAGGAUUGACAUUUAUAUUUGAGGCAUUGACAGAAUUUUCUGCAGGCUCCAUGACAACUUAUGAGCAAUUGUAUACUUACAGUGAAAGGCCGAAGUUAACUUAUGAAAAUGGUGGUAUGCCACACGUCAGAGAUGGUUAAGGUUCAAGGUCCCUAUUUCAAGAGGAAUGAACGACUUUUAUACUGUGUACGUUGGGGUUUCUUGUCUUGGAACCUGAAGUAUGCAUGAGGAAGCAUAUGAAUAUGUAGAAUAUAUAUUUUUUUCAGACAGGACAUUGAAGGAGCUGCUAGUCUGUCAGGUUGGGCAGGGAAGGAUGCCUCGAGUUGUACAUUAUUUUAUUGGAAUAGCAGUGAAGGUGAAUAACCUGUUUAUUGGAUGAGAAGAAAAACAGAAUUUAUGAGUCUGUAAAUAACUUGUUGAUUAUUUGUCAAAUUAUUGUCAAUUAUUUCUAUACGGAAGUGACAUCUUGAAAUGAAGUUGUUUUGGGCAUAAUUCAUCAUUCGUGGUGAGAUCUUGGUCUCCAUAAACAGACUAGGAGCGAUUCCUAACUUGUAAAUGUAAUUUUUGAUGACGAAUGGUAAACAUGUAGAUUUCAUUUCUAA